AUGGCAUGCACACUGACACUCGAUGUAUCACCUCCAGUGCAUCGUUGGAUGAACACCACUCUUGACAGGGAUGCUUUCAAGAAGACUAUCCCUGUUCUUGCCGCCAGAGUCCCUGCUUCCAAAACAGGAUCCCUGUUAAAGUCUGAUGUUAUGAAAAAGUCCCUCAUGGAUUUGCCAAAAGUACGCAGUGUUCUUCGGGACCCCCACGAUGACCUCGAGAGGUUGAUAUUGCUGAAUGUAUCUGAGGAUGCUGCCCUCACGACUGAGGUUCGCAAUUUCCUGCAAGAACAGUCUGCUACGCUGGUUACACACAACCUAGACUUGACUUACGACUACUGGACAGCUGAUGAAAUCUUACAGUCCAUAUUGCCUGAAGAGCUUUGCAAGGGCUCUCCAUCGGGUUUCGCAAUCACCGGCCACCUAGCUCACAUGAAUCUCAAUAAAGAAUAUCUACCCUAUAAACACAUCAUCGGUCAGAUCAAAAAUCCUAUGAUCCAGACAGUCGUCAAUAAAUUAGACAGUAUUGAUACAAAGUACCGGUUCUUCAAAAUGGAACUGCUCGCGGGAGAACCUAAUUAUAUUGUUGAACACCACGAGUCCAAUUGCCGUUUCACUUUUGACUUCACCCACGUUUAUUGGAAUUCACGGCUCCACACAGAGCAUGAUCGGCUUGUCCAGCACUUCAAACCAACCGACGUCAUUGCAGAUGUAUUUGCAGGUGUGGGUCCCUUCGCAAUUCCUGCUGCCAAGAAGGGGUGCGCGGUAUUUGCGAACGAUCUUAACCCUGAAAGUGCGAGAUACUUGAGCAAGAAUAUCAUUGACAAUAAGGUCGCAAGUUUGGUCCGCGCUAGCUGCGAGGAUGGUCGCGAUUUCAUUAAAAAGGUUGUUGCCCGUGCGAUGGAACAUCCUUUCCCCGCAUAUACCGGACCGAAACUCAGCAAGAUGCAAGAAAAGGAGGAGAAACGCAGGCUGCAACUAGCAAAAUCCUCUCAGCCUGCCGCACUUGCACCGGUUGAUCAGUCUCCUCGUCAAGCCAUCUCACAUUUUGUGAUGAACCUCCCGGACUCAGCGAUCGAGUUUCUCGACUCCUUCCGUGGAAUUCUAUUAGAAGGCACUAGUGAACGGGAUUUGAGCGGCAUUUACGCCAGCAUGCCCAUGGUUCACUGUCAUUGCUUCACACGCGAACUCCAGCCAGACAGGGCUGAAGCGGAUAUCAGACAGAGAGUUGAAAGUAAACUCGGACAUAAGCUAGACGCGGAGGUGGCGUUGCAUAUGGUUCGGUCUGUUGCUCCAAACAAAGACAUGUACUGCAUAAGUUUCAGAUUGCCUCGUGAUGUGGCAUUUGCACGGUAA